AUGGCUGCGCGCUCUUUGGAAUCCGCCUACCAGGCUUACAUCGCUGCCCUGAACGAGCGUCCCUUCCGCAGCCUAGCCGACCACAUGCACCCAGUCGUCAUUCUCAACGGCAAUCCCAUGCCUCGCGAAGAUUUUGAGGCCCUGGUCGCGGAGGAUGUUGACGCGGCUCCAGACCUGAAGUUCACAGUGGUCAUGCCAGUGGUGGACGAAUCGACGCAGCGGGUAGGCAGCCGGAUCGAGUUUCGAUGCACGCCCCAGCGCGAGUUCAUGGGGAAGAACAUACAGGGAACGGUCAAAUGCAUGGAGCACAUGUUUUACGAGUUUCGGGACGGCAAGAUCGAAAAGGUGUGGUGGAUGCCUGGGGAGCUGGUGGCUGUGGAGGCAGGCGAUGCGGAUGCGUGA